AGCCUUACUUUCUUUUAGUAGAUAGGGUGGGGAUUCUAUGGCUGCUAUUUCAGCUACCUGUUUCAGACUCCAAACUUCAGUAAAACAGCCUUCCAAGACUAUCCAGAUAGAGGGAAGAAGUACUGCAAGGUUGAACUUGGCAUGUGUAGGUAAAACAAGGACUGGUUUCCCUUCCUUGAGAACAACCGGGCGCUUCCAUGUCUGUUGUGCGGCCAAAACAGAGACAGUGCAGAAAGUGUGUGACAUUGUGAGGAAGCAACUAGCAUUGCCUGCCGAGACUGAUGUCACACCUCAAACCAAGUUCGCAGAGCUGGGUGCCGAUUCCUUAGACACAGUGGAGAUUGUGAUGUGUAUCGAGGAAGAGUUCGGGAUAAGCGUGGAAGAACAGAACGCGGAGAGUAUAACCUCUGUCCAGGAAGCUGCAGAGCUGAUAGACAAACUUGUGAACAAACCGGAAGCUUAGAAAGAUAAGAUGCCAUAAGUUAUGUGUUUGGGUUUAGUAAUGUGAGGUAGGAUCAUUUGUUUUGUUAUGUCUCCAUGAAUUGUGUAAUGUGGAGUUUGAGUUUUUUGAAAAAUUGAAUUCAUUUCAUGAUUGUCUAGAGUUAUUCUUCAGAUUCUGUCA